CAAAAGUGUUGUCUUUGUCUUCACUGUGGCGAGAGAAACUUAAUUAUUACUAGAUUCAUCUUUCUGAAGUCAAAUCAUAUUACGCCUCAAACAUAGGCACCUACCUAGCCUACCUUAUAUCAGGCAACUACCACCUCAUCCAUCUCCCGGACCAUUCUAGACCUGUGACCUGUGACCUGUGCAUUAACACUUACACCACAUCACCAAGGCCCUCCUCUCGUCAUGGCCGACACGCAUCAAUUCAAUGUAGAUAAGCUCUUCGGAGUCAAAGACUACGUAGCUGUAAUAACGGGCGGCGGAACCGGGAUAGGGCUGAUGGCCGCGCAAGCGCUGUCCGCGAACGGGGCGAAGGUGUAUAUCACGGGGCGGCGGAAGGAGGUGCUCGAGAACUCGGCGAAGAAGCACCAGCCGGCGCAAGGGGGCGGGCAGAUCAUCCCGAUCGGCCCGUGCGACGUGACCAGCAAGGCGGACCUGGAGAAGCUGGUCACGGACGUGGGAAAGCGCGAGAAGUACAUCCACCUGCUAAUAUGCAAUGCGGGGGUAUCGGGCCCCAAGGCCGAGCCCGAGGACGCUGAGGCCGAGGACCUCAAGGCCAGGCUCUGGAACAAUGAGGACCCGAGAGACUGGCAGGACAACUUCAACACCAACGUCACCGCCGUCUACUUCACCACCGUGGCCUUCCUUCCGCUCUUGCAGGCGGGCAUUCGUCCCAAGGGCCCCCUGGAGCCGUACAUCCCUUCCGUCAUUACGAUAUCCUCCAUGUCGGGCAUCAUGCGGCAUGCCCAGGGCCACUUCAGCUACAACACUACCAAAGGGGCCGCGGUCCACCUGACGAAGCUUAUGAGCGCGGAGUUUCAGAAGACCCAGAUCAGAGUCAACUCUAUUGCGCCGGGCUAUUUCCCUAGCGAAAUGACUGCUAAGGGCAGCGAUGAGAAACAAAAGAGCUAUGUGCCACCUGAGAAGAUUCAAGAUAAAGGCCACGUUCCGCUGAUGAGGGCUGGGCGCGAGGAGGAGAUGGGGAUGACGGUGUUAUAUCUUGCGAAGAACCAAUAUGUGAAUGGGGAGAUCAUUGCAGUGGACGGUGGAGUUCUAAACGUUGUAGCAGGGCGAUAAAGAGCACAUCCGCCUGCCAAUUCGACUCACUUGCUUCAUAAUAUCUGGGAUGAGUUAUGCGUAGAAACAUGGAAUGGCGCACCGAUAUCAGGGUAAAAUAGUAAAGGGAAUUCGAGUACGAUGCGACAUAAGCGCAAAGGGGGUGGGGGGGUUAUCUCUGGACGUAAAAGGAAGAGUUCAAGAAAUAUAACGAAGGGGAAAAGCAAGACUAUUAAAUAAUUCGUAGUUGCCAGUCCAAAACUUGCUAUGCUAACUGUUCGAUCAUAAUGCAAAGUCUCGGCUUGAUUCAGUAAGUUGCAUCAGUGAGUGUGGAACCUCAACUUCCCAAAU